AUGAGUUCCAACGAGAUAAAUCCUGUCAGCACGAAAAAUGCCGCCGAUGUCACUAUUGACUAUACUGGGGCUAGGCCCAAAGGAACGGUGGCCCCAAAGUAUAUGGGCACAGUCGUAGACCAAUAUGACAUGAGUGCCAUGGGCCGAGUUCAAGUUCUUCGGAGAAACUUCCGAUUUAUCUCCAUUCUCGGUUUCGCGUGCACGCUGAUCUGCACGUGGGAAGUUCUUUUGACUUUGCUAAGCAGUGUGCUCACCGACGGGGGUACUGCUGGAUUAAUAUGGGGAUUCAUCAUCGUUACCGCCGGGUUCUCCCUUGUCUUCGCCAGCAUAGCCGAGAUAGCUAGCAUGUCACCAACAUCGGGAGGGCAAUAUCACUGGGUGUCCGAGUUUGCUCCUCGCCGCGCGCAAAAAUUCUUGAGCUACAUCACCGGGUGGCUUACUGCAAUCGGAUGGCAGUGUGCGAUUGUGACUAUUUCCAUGCUUGCCGGCACAAUCGUCCAGGGCCUCAUCGUUCUCAAUGACCCUGGUUAUACAUUUGAGCGGUGGCAUGGCACUCUAUUGGUUAUAGCCAUUUCGACAUUCUCAAUCCUGUUCAAUACCUUCUUAGCGAAAAACCUUCCCAUGGUGGAAGCAUUGAUUUUAAUCAUCCACGUUGUCGGACUGUUUGCCAUUAUCAUUCCAUUAUGGGUGCUAGGUCCUCGAAACAACGCAAAGGCUGUUUUCACAGAGUUCAACAACGGCGGUGAAUGGAACAGCGAUGGGACUGCAACUCUUGUUGGCUUCUCAACUACGAUUACUUCUAUGAUAGGCUACGACUGUUCCGUGCAUAUGUCCGAAGAAAUCAAGGACGCAUCUCGAACGCUUCCCAGAGCUAUGAUGUCCGCUGUUGGAGUCAACGCGGUUCUAGGGUUCAUAAUGAUUAUCACACUUUGCUUUACCCUCGGCGAUGUCAACGAGAUUCUAGAAACCGAUACUGGAUUCCCGUUCAUCCAAAUUUUUUUCAACAUAACUCAAAGCUACGCUGCCACAAACACCAUGACAGCCAUUCUCAUCAUAACGCUGACAGCAAGCACUGUUACCGAAAUCGCAACAGCAUCCCGCCAGCUCUGGUCCUUUUCCCGAGACAAGGGGCUUCCAUUCUCAUCGUUCUUCGCUCAUGUUACGCCAGGAUGGAACAUCCCCCUAAACUCUGUCAUGGUCUCCCUCAUCGUAACAAUCCUCCUAUCCCUCAUCAACAUCGGCUCCUACGUAGCCCUCAGCGCAAUCGUCUCCCUAACCAUCACUUCGUUAAUGUCCGCAUACAUCCUCUCAAUCGGAUGUAUCCUAAUCAAGCGUUUCCGGAAGGAGCCACUCCCCUAUCGACGCUGGUCCCUUGGCCGCUUCGGGAUGGCCAUCAACCUUGCCUCCAUGGCCUUCCUCCUGCCGAUUUUUGUGUUCGCCUUCUUCCCUCUGACUUCUACGGUGGAUGUGCAAACCAUGAACUGGAGUGUCGUUAUGUACGUCGGGCUGAUUGUGUUGGCAUCUGUAUAUUACGUGGUUCGAGGACGGCAUCACUUUGUGCCCCCGGUGGCAUUGAUUAGGCGGGAUACGGUUCCCCUUGCUAGUGGGGUUCGUCCUAAUUGA